AUGAUUUCCACUUCUAACGUCUUCCACGGUGUCGCCCAUGUCACUAUAACCGGCUGCCUCGCCGCCACCUUCUUCAAGCAGACCGUCUUCGACACCACGCGUCAGGAACUGUACAGCGCAGGCGACCGCCUUUCAGUCGGCGCUGCAGUCGCGAAUUUCUGCCUCAAGACGGCCUGCCUGGUUCUUGCUUCACACAGAACCACGAAAAAGAUACUGAAUGGCGAUUUCACCCUCGACGACAACCCACCACCCGACAUCUAUACACCCGCUCCGUCAAGAAUCCAGAGGCACAAGCGCUUCUCCAUUGACUCGGACAUGACCUUUGUGGCCGACGAUGACGACUACCUCAAGGAUUUCGACACCCCCCCAACUCCAGAACUCCCCCUUGCAACCACCGACUCGUCUACCACAUUAAUAUCAACAGUGCAUUUUUUCAACACUAAUCCACCUCAGCCUAUUACCAUUCCGCCAAAGCCUCCGGAUACUGUGCGCAUCGCCAACCGGCGCAAACAUCAGCAUUCUGCUCGUUUGCGCGCCGCCCGAUCACGAACUUACCUUGGCCGCCUCCAGCAACUUCAUGAUGAGAUCCUCGCUGACAAAGCAGCUCUCAUCGAUGGCUGGGCCGACGCCAUGGCUAAGCUCGGCCUCACAUCCACCCUGGCGCCCCCAGACUAGAACGGUACAAAUUAAUCCACAACACUACUCGUAUCCCGCCGAAGACGCGUACCCGCCUCCCUCGCUGUCCCCUACGACCAGGAGCUUCACCGCCCAAGAAGUCGAGGCCACCGCCCACCGCUCGCGGUCCCAAACACACAUUCUAGCCUCAGUCUACUCUUUUUCCUUCACCAUGUAACGGUCUCUUGAUUUGUUUCUUCCUCUUUCUUUUUAUCUGUAUGUACUUGACUGCGCGUUUCUUGUGGAAUUAUCUCUCUCGUCUAUUUUACGAUUUAUCUCAUUGCCAAUGUUUCUUGUAUAUUCGUGCAUGUACGAAGACGUAUCAUAUAUCGACGCCUGUAGUUU